CAGAGGAUGAUUGGUGCAUGACCACAGAGGUGUGGUGGCUGUUUAUUUAAACUUUGUGACAUUUUUAAACCCUCGAAUGUUCUAAAAAGCUCUCCGCUAACUGGAUUAUGGCAGAGGAGGUGGCAGCCCCGCUGAACUGGUUAAGUCUGAAUGAUAGGUGGAGGAGGCUGGUAUAAAAAGGGGGAACAGGUGUUUCAGAACCAACUCUCAUCUCUGACACACCCUGCCACAGGUCCAGACAGCCCAGAGCAGAUACAACUUUAAUCUUCCAGAAAUGGCAAAGAUUUUCAAGAAGACCAGUGGAAAUGGAGGGUUGACCCUCUACCUGGGAAAGAGAGACUAUGUGGAUCACGUGACCUCUGUGGACAAAGUCGAUGGUGUCGUGAAGGUGGACACCGCAGACUUUGGUGACAGAAAAGCUUUCGUGCAGCUGGCCUGUGCCUUCCGCUACGGUAGUGACGACCUGGAUGUGAUGGGCCUGUGCUUCAGGAAGGACAUCUGGAUCCAGCAGAUCCAGAUCUACCCGGAGAGCAACAAACCAGCCCUGAGCGCCAUGCACGACACCUUACUGAAGAAAGCCGGGGACAAUGCCUACCCUUUCUCUUUCGAAAUUCCCACCAACUUGCCAUGCUCAGUUUCUCUGCAGCCUGGACCUGAUGACAAGGGAAAGGCAUGUGGCGUUGACUUUGAAGUGAAAACGUACCUUGCCAAGGAGAAGAACAACGCGGAUGAAAAGAUUGACAAGAAGGACACUGCUCGCCUUGUCAUCCGUAAAAUCCAGUUCGCCCCGUCUCAGGUCGGCGCUGGGCCCAAGGCGGACAUCUGCAAAAGCUUCAUGAUGUCUGACAAACCUGUUCACCUAGAGGCAUCGAUGGAGAAAGACCUCUACUUUCAUGGCGAAGAAAUCCCACUUAAAAUCAAAAUCAAUAACGAGAGCAAUAAAACAGUCAAGAAAAUCAAAAUCACUGUGGACCAAACUACUGACAUCGUCCUGUACUCAGCAGACAAAUACACCAAGACCGUUCUGAGCCAGGAGUUUGGGGAGACAGUAGAGGCAUCCAGCACUGCUGACAUUUCUCUGAACAUCAAGCCCGCUCUGUCUGAAAACAAGGAGAAGAGAGGUCUGGCUCUGGAUGGACGGCUGAAGGACGAGGACACAAACUUGGCCUCCACCACCAUGAUGCGGCCAGGUGUAGAAAAAGAGGUGUUGGGUAUCUUGGUUUCCUACAAGAUUAAAAUUAACCUGAUGGUGGCCGGAGGAGGACUGCUGGGGGGCCUUACUGCCAGCGAUGUAACAGUGGAACUGCCACUCAACCUCAUGCACCCAAAGCCUGCAGAGUAGAGACAACACACAUCUACCGGAUGUUGCCCUGCAGGAACAGGCACCAAAAACAAGAGCGAAGAAGAAAAGGCACAAAAGGAAAAAGGAAGAAGAAAGUCACCGGUGUCCUGAAAGAGCAAUGGACAAAAAAAAAAUACUUUUCAACAGAAAAAGACAAACUUUCCAUCCCCUUGCGUCCCUUUUGUUGCAAAGUCUUUGUAGUUAAAUGAUGUCAGUUAGCUUUAGAGACUGUUUAAGAGUUGAAUUAAAGGUUGGAAAAUCCCCCAAUGCUACGUAGAUGUUCUUGUCGUUUGAAGGAUGCAGUAAAAAACCGAAGCAUUUUCAUGAAACUAUGUAAUUUGCAUUGAUUUCAAAUGCUGUGAACAAAUGAAUCUGUUGAAUUAAACUGGAACGGUAUUUAAACUGGACUCACCACAGACCUUCAUGAACAAUAAAAUACAAUUGGAAAAUGUA